AUGGCCAUUGGAUUGAAUCCCAUCGACUGGAAAGGACCUGCAUACAACUUUGGAAUCCCAACCCUGCCAUGGAUCAACGGCCGUGACUUAGCUGGAGAGGUCAUCCAGGUGUCCGAAGGCUGUUCCCGUCUUCGAGUCGGUGAUAUCGUCCUGGUUCCGUCCACGGAUUACCGCGAUAUGCGCAAGGCUGCAUUUCAGGAAUAUGCAGUAGCGACGCAUUUCAACGCCGCUCGCAUUCCGCCGACAGGCAAUAUACAUGCCUCUGCGUCUUUGGGGGUGGCCUUUGUUGCAGCUGCUCUGGCACUGGGCGUCUCUUUCGGGUUGGAUUUUGGCCGUAUUCAGAGAUGUCCUGGUCCGGACCUUCCUGGAGCCCUCUUGCAGAUCGACCGCAAGGAGCUUCCGACAGAUAUAACGGAUGAGUGCUUUCGAUCAUCUUCGAAAGCGGAACGAAUAACGCCAGGGGACUGGCUUGUAAUCUGGGGAGCAUCUACAACGACGGGGUAUAUCACUCUACAGCUUGCCAAACUAGCGGGAUUAAAGGUCAUCUGCGUGGCCGAUGUAGCUCGGCACGGUGCCAAACUCCUCGAUGCUGGAGCAGACCUACUCGUUGACCGCCACGAUACCGCAAGAGCCGUGGAAAUCAUCCGCGGCGUAACCAAGGAAAGGCUGCGAUAUGCUAUUGAUAUUGUGGGCAAGGACACGGCCACUCUAUUGCAGCAGACACUUGAUUCUUCUGUGCACGAUGAUGGCUCGCAUGCGCAUCUGCUGGGGCUGACUGGGCUGCCCAAAGAGAGGGACAGCAGGAUCGUCUACCAUACUGUUCCAAUUAAACUGUUCCAUACCUCUCCUGCAGUGGGAGAGGCUAUGGUCACUUGGCUUGAGGAGCUGCUACAAACAGAGACGAUUCGAUUGCCGGAGAUUAUACUGGCAGACGGAGGACUAGAGUGUAUCAACGACUCCUUGGAGGCCUUGAGACAGGGAAAGGCAUCAGGGAAGAGAAUUGUCAUGGAUUUAAGACGAUAG